UGAUUCUGGGAGACUCCUGGGGAAACCUGGGGGGUUGGCAACCCUAGUGAUGGAGUGUACUGAAAAAAAGAGUUGAAUUAGGCCAGGAGGGCCCAAUCAGUCAAUUAAGCUGCAAAGGGGGAGAUUUAGGCUGUGUGGAAGGCACUAAUUAGAAGAAGGCUCACCUGUGAGGGGACAGGAAGUGCUUCUAUAAAGCCAGGAGGCAGGAGACCGUGCGAGGGGCAUGGCAGGGAGGAAACCUGCAGUCUCUGUCCCUGAGGAAAGGGAGAAGGAAGGGGAGGUAGGAACCCCUGAGAAAAGGGGAUAGGAAGGAACCCAUGAGGAAGGGUUCAUCUCAUGGGCCUGAGGAAGAAGGGGCUGACUGGGAAGAGAAGCAUGGUAGGAAGCAGUCCCAAUGGGGCCCUGGACUGGAACCCACAGUAGACAGCGAGCCUGGGUUCCCCUGCCAUCCCCUGCAGAGUGGCAUUGCUUGGGGCAGUGAAUGGGGCAACUGCCUGACUCCCUGCUGGGAUGACAUAGGGCGGUGGGCUGAGGAUUGCCUGAGACUGCUGGUGCUGAGAGAGUUUGAAAGUCCUGCCCCUCUCCACUCCCCCCCAGCCCAAAGGGGAAAUCACAGUGUGACCUGGCUGGAGGGCCCAAGUCAUGAAGCAGCUGUACUGCGACUCCGUGAGCUGGGGGAGAGCUGCAGUGGUGGAAGAGAAGAAAGCUGGGUGCUGAACCAGGUGGAACUAAUUCCUGGAAUUACCAGAAGGAGGCACCACUGAGCAGAAUAACUGUAAGGCUUCAGCAAAAGCUGAUGGCAAGGAGUUAAUGUGUGCUAUUGAGAGAGCUGAAGCUCUGGGGUGGCAGAUAUUCUUUGUCUCAGGUUGGACUGUGAUGUUCCCCAAUGCUGCAGCAGAUUAAUAAUCCUUUAUACUGCACAGUCCGUUUACAAGGCAGAAGUUUUUCCUGCCUUUGCCACAGGCAGCAGUGAAGUAGCCAGGCAGGAAUGCUUCCAGGGCUAUCCAAAUGUAAGGGUGGCUUUUGCUCUGCGGACCAAGAGCUCCAUUGAGAGCCAACAACCCUUUUCAGAUGGGCCCAUCAAGCAGCCAACGCAUGGAAAAUACCGUUCAGCUGCCACCACCCUGAGCUGGAUUUGGACUGGUGUCCUGGAGGUGACAGAUCACUGCCGAUGCCCUGAGACAUCGAAGGUGACAUGAAUGGAGGAUGAAGACAGACCUAUUCUGACUUCUAAGGUGGGCCUUCCAGAACAGAACUGAGGACCGGCGGUGGGGUGACAUGGAGGAAGCUUGCCCUGCCAUUGCAUAUGGUCUACUUGUUCUGUAGAGACAUAAAAGGAGUUCCAGGCUCCUGAUGUGUCACAUGGCACUGUUUAGUUUAGGGUGAAAUUCACACCUGUGCAGAGGGCCAGUAGCGCUUAUAGGUCCCCACCAUUAUCAGGUUCCCACUGUGCGAGGUGCUGUGCAUACAUGAGACCAUUCUUAAGUCCUCUGUUGAUGGAAUAGGAGUGGUGCAUAACCCUUGUGCUAACCUGUUGAACGGGGUGAAUUCUACCCUUAAAAGUUUGACCCGUGCAGCAAAGCCAGAUCUGUUUGGAAACUGUCCAGAGGGAGGCCAUGCUAUGGUGAUGUAACAAUUCUAAAUGAAGGAAAGAGGAAAAUGCAAACAAUAAUCCAUGUGAAUGCAAGUGUUUAUUUUAUGAGCUAAAAGAUGGACUUGGGAAUGCGGCCACUUACUGUGCAUUAUACAUGGAACAAUCAUGCAAUGCUCCAAGUCAAAUACACCAGCAGCUGGGGAUGAAAAAAAUAGUGCAAAUAUAGAAACCUUGCUCCUUUAACAAAGGAAAUGCAAAAGUAACCCAAUUCUUGACAUUUUGGGGUCUCUAAGUAACCAUUUUAGUUCUUUGGAACAGGUCAGUCUCUUAGGGCAUGUCAAAGCCACUUGGAGGCAGCUUUCCCCCAGGUGAUAUUUACCACAAAAAGUGUCUUGGGAAAUGCAUCCCUGAUUGUUGGGGAGAACCAGCCUCCUUAAAUCAGAUCCAGGUCUCAGUCAGCACUGCUAAUUGCUGGGAAGAGAACACUGUGUAGUUAGCAGAUACAUCUAAGUUGGUUAUAUCCCCCCAUCAUCCCAUAUGGCUUCUCUCAACUGUCACAUGUUCCACUUCAGUUACAACUGUGUGCUGAGACGCAAGCCAGUGUUGCUAGGAAUAUUUUCUGUCCAAAUGUAACGGGACUGUCGAUUCUGGCUCCAGACAGGAGAAUUUAAAAUCUAUAUUGGAUAGAGUGUUGGAUUAAUAGCAGCACUCUGCACUUGUCUAAUCCCUUUCAUCUCAGGAUUUCAAAGCACCUGAUGAAGCUAGGAAAGUAUUUUCAUCUCUGCUCUGCAAGUGGGGGUGCAAAAUCAGAGGGGCUAAGUGUCUUAUCCGAGGUGUUGCAGGGAGCGUUUGGAAGAGCUGGGAAUGAAACUCAGGAGGCUUGAAGUCUGCAGUGCCUCCCAGAAGGGAAUCUUGAGAGCUUGGCAGCAGGAUGUGAGAGCAAAGCACGAGUGGCAGGCUGUGGGGAAGGUACGAGUCCAUUGAGGGCUGCAUGUGAGAAGCCAUUGAGACACAUACACCUUUACUAAGAGUUACAACUGUCCGAAGUCCACUAAAGGACCCAGACGUGACGGUGACUUUCUCAGGGAUACUGGGUUAAGAUUAUGUAUCCCUUACAGCUCUGUGAGCAUCCAAAUAAAACCUGUGAAUAGCCCAGCAUAAGAACUUUCCUCAGCUGACCCUUCAGGCCCUGCUGUCACUGCCAAAGUAGCUGAGGUUUGUCUUGGCCAAGUUGUUGAGCUGAUUUUUCUGAGCAAGUAUUUGGCUUAAGUAGAAAAAGUUCCAAAGGAUCCUGCAGCCAGCAGCUGGUUGGAGUUGCACACAGGGAGGUGAGUUCCUGUGCUGAUGGUCGCAAUGCCUACCCACGCAGUGAGAAAGGAGACGCCUGCUUUCCAAGAACCACUCUGGUUUGAAGAUGUUGGUCGCCCGCUUCCCACCCAGGAGAACCAUUUCCUUCCCUUUCCCCUUCAGACAGGAGUGUGACAUUAAACACCCCUGAGCUCCUGUAACUUCUCAGCAGCCAGUUUCCCAGUGACUCUCUUGGAAUCAGACUGGGCAGGGCUAAAAAGUAACAAGAUUUCUGCUCAUAUCCAGAAUGUGUCGGAUGGUCUCUGUCAACUCAGGUCAAAGGCCUUCGCUGUAUUAAACUUCAAUAGCCUCUUGAAUGACCGAUAUACUGCAGCAAUUAGAGCCUCCAGCAGACUCCUUUAUCAGCUGAGUCAUAGUCUGUUCAGAAGAGAAGUGGGUCCAGAAUCAGAACCCUUCAUCCAAACUUUGCUAUUGUUUGGAAUCUGAACCCAAUCCAUAUUUUGCAGAUAACCCUAUAAUUUUCUAGAGUGGGCCAAAACAAGCCUCCAGACAUGGCCGGUGUUUGAGUUCUGGAUUCAGCUUUUGCAAACUUAUACCUAUGUGGUCUUGGAACUCGGCCUGGGACUCAGAAGACCUGGUUCAAGUCCCUGCUCUGCCACAGACUGUGACCUUUGGCAUGUCAGAGAGACAGAUAUGGAUCAAAUGGAAGGACUUUCUGCAGACAGAAUCAAGGGCUCUCUUUCAUCUGACGAGGAGAAGUGUGGUAGAUAUAAAUACAUUGUGGGAUUUUUAUACCUUUUCCCUCUGGUGGCUUUGUUGGCUACCCUGAAAGAUCCAGUUGGAGCUGCAGCUCAGAAAUCUCAGGAAGACGCCAUAUCGCCUGGCUUUCGGGGGGUGAGUGCCCCAGCUCUCCCACACCUACCCUGUACACGGAGAAAACGAUACACGCUCACACCAGGGCAGCUGAAAUGGGACCACUUCAACCUGACGUACAGAAUCGUGUCCUUCCCGAGAAACCUCAUUAAUGAAAGUGACACACGGAAGGGGCUGGCAGCUGCUUUCCGAAUGUGGAGCAAUGUUUCACCAUUCAACUUCAAGGAGGUGCCACCCAACUUGGCUAGUGACCUGGAAAUAGGCUUCUAUUCCAUAAACCACACUGAUUGCCUGGAGUCACUCAUCCAUCAUUGUUUUGAUGGGACAACAGGGGAGCUCGCCCAUGCUUUCUUCCCAAAAAAUGGGGAAAUCCAUUUUGAUGACCAUGAAUACUGGAUAUUGGGAAACACCCGGUUCAGCUGGAAAAAGGGUGUUUGGCUUACAGACCUGGUACAUGUAGCAGCUCAUGAAAUUGGACAUGCCCUGGGACUCAUGCACUCCCUGAAUUCUAAUGCCCUGAUGCACAUCAAUGCCACUUUAACUGGGAAAAAGACCAUCUCCCAGGAUGACAUGUGGGGGAUUCACAGACUCUAUGGCUGCACAGACAGACUAUUCGUAUGUCCAUCAUGGACUCGGAAAGGUUUCUGUGAGACUCGUAGGAAGUUGAUGAAAAAGCACUGUCCGUCCAGCUGUGAUUUCUGCUAUGAAUUCCCUUUUCCAACAGUAGCGCCAACUCCUCCUCCACUCAGGACGAAAACCAAGAUUGUUCCUGAAGGCAGGAAUGUCACCUUUCGCUGUGGACAGAAGAUUAUUCAUAAAAAAGGCAAAGUUUACUGGUAUAAAGAUAAGGAGCUUCUGGAAUACUCAUAUCCAGGUUACUUAGCCUUAAAUGAUUACCACAUGAGCAUUAUUGCCAAUGCAAUUAAUGAAGGAACCUAUACCUGCAUUGUGAAGAAAAAGCAAAGAAUCCUGACUACCUAUUCCUGGAGGAUUAGGGUUAGGCACUAACAAGGGUCUUGAAUGAGGACAUCAGUUACGGCUAGUUAAGUUUCAGACAAAAAUCCCAUCCUCUUCUGCAUUUUAUGUUUAACCUCCAGCCGAGCAUAGAACUCAGUUGCUACCAGGGGAGGGGCAAGAAAGUUGGACACUGGAGAAAUUUUUCCAACGAUCAAGAAUUAAGCACAUGCUGCUGGAAAAGAGGGAAAAAAUCCUGAAGCCAAGAUGACCCAGGUAAUUGUAGAUCAUUUAAAAACUAACCAGUCCUUCGCUGUAUUAAUGAAACCUGGAUUUAGAUUAAAAAUGGGUCACCAGUUUGAUAUUGCAAUAGCUUUGGAUAUAUAUUGGAAACAAAAGGACUGGUUAAUGUUCCAGGGUUUGUCAUGCUGUCAAGCAUUUCUUUGUAUUUCUAAAAUGCCAAUAUAUGGCAUCAGAGGGGCUUGAAACAAAAGACUGAUCCCUGGCUGAAUUCUCCAUGGAUGCUGUUAUUUGAGUACUGAAGGAGGUCUAACUCAUAAAAAUGAGUUUCUGGAAAAAGCUCAUUCUAAAGGAAAAUUUCUCUAAUUCCAAAUGUUACAUAACUAAAAUAGCCAGGGAAUGCGUCUUCCCCCCGUAAAUGUUUCUGUGGUUUGCAUUUAUCACAAUGUGUUUACCUCUGUCUGUAGCUUCCAAGCCUGCAUCAGAUGUCAUUCUUAGAUAAGUUACCAAUAAAUCACUAAAAUAA